AUGGAUUAAAAGAGUCCCUAAAAAUAAUAAUCACCAAUAAAAUACUCUACAAAUAAUCUAGACAAGCUUACACAUUAAAUUAAAGAUUCUUGGAAGAAUUAGUAGGAAGAAUAUCAGAAACUGUUUGAUUAGUUUUUAUAAUAUUGCAAACCCUAAUAUCCCGUUUUUAAUAUAAAAUUUACAUGUUCCAUAAGUGGAGAGUGUUUAGAAUAACCUGUAUAAAAAUUAAUUAUCAAAGGUCUCAUUUAUGCAAUGCAUAGUUGAUAAAAAACAUCUAAAUGAUUGUUUUGAUCUUAAAUAAAUAUUGAAAUAUUUGAUAUAGAACGAUAGUAAUUUUAUGUAAGAUGGAUAUAUAUAGUGUCCUCUAUGUCGAUCAAAGAGUCAUUUCAAAAAGGAUAUACCAUUAAUACCAAAUUUAUUUUUCCUAUAACUUAGAUAACAAGUAUAAAUAAAAUAUUAAAGGAGUAGUUGAAUGAUAAAUCAAAGCCAAUAACUUAUUAUUUAUCUAGUUAAACAUUGAUUCCCUUAUAUCCUGGCAUUUUAGGAAAGGAAUAAUUUUAAUUCAAUAAUCAAAUUUAAUAAAUAUUUGGUUAAUAAUUUGAUACCCAACAAAAUUUCUCCAUUAUUAGAAAACAAACAAAAGGAAAUGAUUCCUUUAAAUAUUCUCAUUUAUGUUUAUUAGGAAAUAUGAGAAUUUAAAUUCCUGUUAGAGGAAAAUAGUGUCGUCAUUUAGAAUGUUAUGAUUUCCUUUAUUUAAACUGGUACAUGCAAUAGAGAGAUUGUAAAAUAUUUAUUUAUUUUAGAAAAGUAAUUUAAGUGCCUAUUUCUUGGAUGUUAGGAGAUUAUUAAUUUAAACGAAUUAUAACUCGACUAAGAAUUAUAUGAAAUAGGAUUAAAGAGUUUUAAUUUUUCAUCUGACUUUAUUUUUGAUUAAUAAUCCUCAACAUUAUUAGAUACAUACGCAAUCACAAAUUAUGAUCCUCACAUUGCUACUUAUAAAAAGUUAGUUCCAACGACAACAGAAACUAUAAACUAUAUAAAAUAAAUAUAUGAUCUAACAGAUAGAAUUUAUUCUUCCACAAAAAAUUAAGAAUUAACAGAUAAAUUUUAUGAACAUCCCUUAAAUGGAGAUUUUAAUAUUUCUAAAGAUUAAAGGACAAAUUGUAAGGUUGAAAUACCUUGUAGAUGUAUUAGAUGUGAUAAAGUUAAUGUUUGCGAUCUAAGAUUCAUGAGUUGUAUUAUAAAUUAAGUGCAACAUCCUGAAAAUAGAAAUGGAGUUAAGAAUUAUUAAGUUUCUUGUCCUUUAUGCCAUAAUCCUUUCUCACCUAAAAAAAGACAUAGAGAUUAAAGUGUUCAUGAAUAAGUUUAUGUAGAUACAAAAAUGCUCAAUUUCAUUAUCACAAUUAAGAAUUUCAACUUGUUAAAUAAGGAAAAGUAUCAACUUUUUUUAUAGAAAAAACUUUAUCCAUCUUUAAAGUUUGAAGAAUUAGAAUCUCCAAUUUAAGAAUUAGACUAAUUUAAUUUGAAAUUGAGAGUAAUUAUUAAAUUUAAUUUAAUUUUAGUGUUUGAUAACAAAUUAAAAAUUAAGAAAUCCUAUUAGAGGUAUUUAUUGUCAACAUCCUGAAGCAUUUGAUGAAAAUAGUAUCACAGAUUUAUAGGCAUCAGGUUAGUUAGAUUUGAAUUUGGCAUAAUGUCCUUAAUGUUAAUCAAGUAUUAAUAAAUUAACACAUGAUAAUAUCUUAAAGGAAUUGAUAAGUUAAAUGGAAGGAGAUUUUGAUGAAGUUUAAGUCUUUCCCAAAAAAAAAUCAAUCAAAUAAUUAAAAUGA